CCGGGGGCGGGAACAGACAAAGGUCCCAGCGGCCCGCCCUUGUCCCUCCCUCCGCCGGAGCGCCCGCCCGGCUCCUCCGACCUGCCCCGCGCGUGGCUGCCGGGACCGAGCGGCGGGCGCGCGGGUAAUCUGGAGAUUUCAAAAUGUUUGCCAAAGCAACAAGGAAUUUCCUUAGAGAAGUUGAUGCUGGCGGCAACCUGAUUGCAGUAUCAAAUUUGAAUGACUCUGAUAAAUUACAACUUCUAAGUCUUGUGACCAAAAAGAAGAGAUUCUGGUGCUGGCAACGACCCAAGUACCAGUUUUUAUCUAUCUCUCUUGGAGAUGUACUUACAAAAGACCCAUUUCUGAGUCCAGUGGUUGUGGAGUCAGACUUUGUGAAAUACGAGGGCAAGUUUGAAAACCAUGUGAGUGGGGCCAUCGAGACAGCGCUGGGCAAGGUGAAGCUGAACAUCGGGGGCAGUGGCCUCGUGGAGAGCCAGUCUUCCUUUGGAACCCUGAGGAAGCAGGAGGUGGACUUGCAGCAGCUCAUCGGAGACUCGGCUGAGAGAACAAUCGAUCUGAAAAACCCCAUUCUGCAGCAGGUGCUGGAGAGGAGGGGUGAGGUCCUGUGCAUCCUGACACAGAAGAUCGUGACGACGCAGAAGUGUGUCAUCUCUGAGCAUGUGCAGAUUGAGGAGAAGUGUGGCGGCAUGGUGGGGAUUCACACCAAGACUGUGAAGGUGUCAGCCACAGAGGAUGGCAACGUCAUCAAGGACACCAACGUGGUGUUGGAGAUCCCGGCUGCCACCACCAUCGCCUAUGGUGUCAUCGAGUUAUAUGUGAAAUUGGAUGGCCAGUUUGAAUUUUGCCUCCUCCGAGGGAAGAAUGGUGGCUUUGAGCAUGAAAGGAGAAUUGAUUCUGUCUACCUGGAUCCCCAUGUUUUCCAAGAGUUUGCAUUCGUGGACAUGCCAGAUGCUGGGCAUGGAAUGUCUUCCCAGGAUGGGCUGUUAAACAUUUUAAAACAAGCGACCCUGCUCUUGGAGAGGAAUUUUCGCCCCUUUGUGGAACUGCCAGAGUUGCAGCAGAUGGCUCUGAGCAACGCCCUCCAGGCAGUCCUGUUUGAUGAUGAAUCACUCAUGGUCCUGGAACAAGUGUGUGAGGAUGUGGUCAGAGGUCUCUCGUCCCCCCUGGCAGUGCUGGGAGAGCUGAAGCCCUCUCAAAAGCAGGAACUCACGGCCUUCCUGAGGCUGGUGGGGUGCAGUGUGGAGGGGCCUGAGGAUGCAGUCAGCAACCAGAGGCUCUUUGCAACGGCCUACUUCCUGGUCAGCGCUCUGGCAGAAAUGCCAGAUAACGCAGUGGCUGUGCUGGGCACUUGCUGUAAACUCCAGAUUAUUCCUACGCUGUGCCACUUGCUUCAGGCUUUGUCUGAUGAUGGAGUAUCUGAUCUUGAAGACCCAAGUUUGGCUCCACUGAAAGAUACAGAAAGGUUUGGGAUUGUUCAGCGCCUGUUUGCCUCAGCUGGCAUUAGCCUGGAGAGAUGCCAGUCAUCCGCGAAAGCUGUCAUCCUGAAGGAUCCUGACGUCUUCCCACUAAUUCUUUAUAUAACCCUGAAUGGACUCUGUGCUCUAAGCAGAGGGCAUUAGUAAUGUCACACAUGAAUGAGAAGUACAUGUUUUUGGCCAAGAGUAUUUUUCAGAAUUGUUAAGAUACUGCUUUGGAGUUUAAGUUAGAUGUGCAUUAAAAACUGACCACUGAAAUGAAUUGACAAAGCAGCAGUGACUUUCUGCACUGUAAGGAGCUUCUUUCAUGUCAGAGGCUGUCCUGUGCUGGUGAGCCACUCCCAGGUUAGCUUCCAGCACCUAACAGCUGAGGCCUGAGAAUCCUUAGAUGUUCAGAACUGUUUUUCUGCAGGGCCCACCUAAAUUGUGAAUGCUGUGGGAAGGCAAUUAAUUUCUCUUCACAGAAGAGGCUAUGUUUUGGAAGUGCUAUAUGUUAAUUUGCUUCGAAAAUGAACUAUAAAUGCCAGUAGUGUGUAGACAGAAGGUGCCAAAUGUACACACAUUUUUAAGAAAGAAAAAAAAAAAUAAAA